AUGGCUGGUUAUCCCCCGUACGGUGUUCCUGCCAUGCACUACAUUUCGCAUCCCUAUUACGCUGCUGGUUAUGCUCCUCCCAUAGCGUCUGCAUCGGUAACACAGACACCGUGGAGUGAGCACACAUCUCAUGAUGGCAGAAAGUACUACUACAACAAUCUAACCAAAGUUACUACUUGGGAGAAACCUGAUGAACUAAAGUCUGCAUCAGAAAAGCUGUUAGCUAUUUGUCCAUGGAAGGAGUUCAAGUCGGAUUCGGGCAAGGUGUACUACUAUAACGCGGAAACUAAGGAGUCUGUGUGGACGAAGCCGCAAGAACUUAUUGAUGCAGAGCAGCGUGCUUUAGCAGCGUCAGCGAAACCAAACACACUGCCAGUUUUGUCAAAUACUGCAGUGUCUGGAACACCCAUUACUCCAUCUACUCCUGCUGAGGAGCUAAAACCCAGUGAACCCUCCGAACUGGAAAGAGCAAUGAAGGCUACUUUGGAAUCUUUUAGCAGUGAGACUUCGGAGUCGACUCAUAUUCCUCUUCCACCUUGUGAACAAAGUCCGAUAGAAGCGGUAAUCGUUCCUGAGUAUAAAACUCGAGGUGAAAUGGCAGAAGGGUUACGUCGACUUUUUCGCGAGAAGAAGGUCCCGGGCAAUGCUACGUGGGAACAAGCCCUGAAACUUAUAGGUGACGAUCCACGGUAUAGUGUUCUUAAAAAUUUUGUUGAAAAGAAGCAGAUAUUUAACGUCUACAAGUCGCAACGUCAAAAAGAGGAAAGGGAAGAACAACGGAUGCUUAUAAAGCAAGCGAAGGAAAACUUGGAGAAAUAUUUGCUUCAAACUAAGGAGAUUCACUCAACUAUGUCAUAUAGAAAGGUUGAUCAGGUUCUCUCAGAUGUGCCUGAGUGGACUAGUGUUCCAGAACAUGAUCGUCGCAUUUUGCUUUCCGACGCAAUGCAAGAGAUCGCUAAGCGCGAAAAAGAGGACUCCAAGGCUCUCAGAAAAAGGAAUAUAAAGGUUUUUAACGACAUUUUAAACAACAUGCCUAAUUUGUCGUACAGAACAACAUGGAGUGAGGCACAGCAAAUGCUGCUCGAUGAUUCCAGAUUUACUGAUGACAAGGAAUUGCAGAGUUUGGAUAAGGAGGACGCGCUAAUUCGAUUCGAAGAGCAUAUACGAAUGCUUGAAAGGGAACACGAUGAGGAGAAAGAACGCGAAAAGCGAAAGCAGAAGCGAGUUCAGAGAAAAAACCGCGAAGCCUUUACUGUUCUGCUUGAUGAACUGAAGGAACACCAAUUGUUGACGUCCAUUUCACUUUGGAAAGACCUUUUCUACAUUAUCAGGCGUGACGAACGUUUUCAUGCUAUGCUUGCUCAGCGGGGAUCUACACCUCUUGAUCUGUUCAAGUUUUACGUUGAAAAAUUGAGGUGCCGUUUACCUUCGGAUAAAAAGAUUAUGAAGGAAAUUCUCAAAGAAAAAAACUAUGUCAUCGAAGUUUCUUCGGAUUUUGAGGAUUUUAAAAAAAUGGUGGUGUCUGAUGAGAGGGGUAGACUUCUGGAUCUGGGCAACGUACGUAUCAUCUUCGACGGUCUGAUGGAGAAGGCACGCAAUCGAGAACGUGAGCGUCAGCGCGAGGAGGCGCGUCGCAUGCACAAACUCGAACAGGGUUUCUUUGAGAUGCUUAGGCAAGCCGAUCCUCCUGUGGAGACCACUACCACUUGGGAAGAAGUGUCUGAGCGAUUUUCCUCCCACGUCUCUUUUAAUGCAAUUACUCUUCAAUCCGAAAGGCUUCGUUUGUUCAAAGACUACCUGAUUCAGCACGAUGCAUUCAGUGGUCACGAAUCGAAGUCUGGCAAGUCUCAUAACUUCAGGUCGCGCUCCCAUGAGAUGAAAAAGGGAGACGGUGGAGGUGUCAGUGAAGAGGAGGAAGUGAGGAACGAGCAGCAAGAGGAAGGGGAUGAGCAUCACAAACUGGAGUCUGGAAAACGGUCAUCCCGGCGACACCGCAAGCAUAAGCACCAUCGCGAUUCGGAUUCAGGUUCGCGUAAAAAACAUAAGAAAUCAAAGAAAUCCAGGAGCAGUCGACAUGGUGGAGAUGGUGAAAAUGGCGGUCACAAGACCUCUAAACGUGGCGGCACAGGACUUCGUGGCAAACGUAGUGCUAGUGUCUCCGGUGGUGAUGAUGAUCGAGAAGAUAGCACUGGGGGUGAGAGGUCCCCAGCAAAGCGGGCUGUCUUGUCGAGAGACGAGAGGACAGUGGAAACUCCUGACGACGCAGCAAUAGUGCGCCGUCGCAGGCGUCAGGCGACUCGCGAGGAUGGAGAAGCAGACAGUUCGAGUGCUAGUAGCGAUGAGACGAGUGCGCGCGACGACCGUGCAUACUAA